UUCUCGUUAGUUUGCUCGAAGUUCAUCCUCAGUCUGUCUUCCACCACAAAAGCAGCAUAUUAAAUUUGUGAUUUUGCACAUCCAAAUUUUCUUUUUGUCAUUACUCUUAAUUUAUAACGUACCACAAGUCAAAACAUUCUCAGCGUAUUCAAUUUUAACUGCCGUUUUAUAAACUGACGAUGACAAUGCUACUGGAAAAAAUGGAGACAUCGAUGCUUCAGAUCAGGGACAAAAUGUCGGCGGAGUACGAUUGGGACUUUGUAAUUCCACCUCACAGCCGUAUUAAACAGAACAUGUCGGAUGUUUCAGGGGGUGGAGGAUUUGUAUUCUCAGACUUAAAGUUCAAAACCGGAUUUCUUGCAAAUGCGUAUCACAAGUUGAUGUUUGCCAUUUACUCCAACCAAGUGAACGCAUACGUGAUUCUUCAAAGCAAAACUAAGGACAAAAAAUAUGACCUUCUGCGGACGGGAAAAUUGGAACUGUUUUCUCAAAAUAGCCUAAAGUCCACAAAGGAGUUGAGAUUCGCUUGCGACGACAUGUCCCACGCUCCUAAUCCUCACAAUGUCUAUGCCACCGUUUGGAUAAACACUGACGGCAGUUGGGAUGACACCAUUGAUCUCAUGAAGCUCACGAUCCGUGUUGAGUACCAAGAAUUGGGAAGUGUGAUUCCGUACGUAAAUGAAAGUGUCUUCAAUAAGCUAAAACUGCAUACUUCCCCCCUGGAGCUGGACGCGAGUGAUUUGUUUUUAUCCAAGAGUUUGUCCGACACCAUGUUUGUUUGCAAUAAUGAAGUAUUUCCGGCUCAUCGAUUUAUCUUAUCGUGCAAAAGUCCCGUUUUCAAACAAAUGUUCCAACAUGAAAUGAUGACAGAGACGAGAGAAGGACGAGUAGUAAUUGAUGACAUGACCCCAAACGUUCUUAAAGAACUACUUCGAUUUCUGUACUGUGGUCAAGUUCAAAAUAUGAAAGACAUGUGCCUUGACUUGUUUAAAGUUGCGGAAAAGUACGAUAUUCAAAUGCUGAAAAAUCAAUGUGAACUUGCUCUCAUCCAAAAUAUUGACUAUCAAAAUGCAAUGAGCAUGUACAUGAUCGGCGACAUGUACAACGGCGAGGUCCUCAAGGAGAAAGCUGUUCAGACGCUAAAAAUGCACAAAUCAACAGUCGUUCCUGAUACGGAGACAUUCAAUGAAUUUACACAACGGUACCCCGAACUUAUGUUUCAGUUGUACAAUCUGUAACCCCAAUAAUUAUCCAGUCUCACGAAUAUCCUUAUAAAAGUUAAUGCUUUAUACAUAAUUCAAUAUUUCUGCCACAGCCACGUUGCCAUUUUGCAACAGAAAAAGCUAAUAUGUAGUUACAGAAUUAUUUUAAUAUUUUUUAACGCUAUUAUAAACAAGUAAAAGUCACUAAAGCGUCUUAGAUUAGAUUAUAUUUUAUUUACACAUUUUUAUUGUUUUACAAUAGUUGCAGGAAUGAUUUGCUUCUAAUUUUGUUUGUUUGUAUGUGUGUGCUAUGAGUGCACAUUAAAAUUUUAAUGUAGCUUCGAGUAGAUAUUUUGUUAUGAAUUUUAAGUACACUAGAGAGCCAUCGAAUGUUACAAUUUGUCGUACAUAUUUAUAUGGAACCAUUUUUAUUGUUUUUAUUGCGUGUGAAUGUACUAAAACAUAUAUAUUUCAAGCUUGUAUUCUCAUUCAUUAGCAUCACAGAUAUUGCUGUGAAAUAAAUACAUUCAGCAUGCCUGAUGAAAUUGA